AUGAGGCAUUGCGCAAUCGCACUGACGUCGGAAAGGGGGAAGGGAAGCUGAGAUUGGAGGAGAGAGAGAGAGAGAGAGAGAGAGAGAAAGACCAGAAGCGUGUUUUUAGACUCUGGUGUUCCGGCGAUUGACUGUCUGACGUCGCCGUUCCUGCUGUGAUAUCAUGGUCAGUCUGCACCCUGAUGGCGCAUCGAAGCUCCGUCUCGCUCAUCACCAGCCGUCCGGACCUGCGUGACUCCGUACCUCGGCUCGUCCGAGGCAAGACCCAGUGAGGAACGCUGACCUGGGAUCAGAGAACCGCGCCACUGUGUGACUGACCUGCGUCUGUGAGAACUGCUCCGGGACCUGCGGCGGUCCUCUACUGCUUCCUCGCACCACGGCCGUGUCCGAGCGACGAGCUCGCGGUGCAGACUGCAGAGAUAUUUCAUCACAUCUCUCACUCGGCAGCAGUAUGAGCGAGGACUCGGGAUGCGGGAUGAUGAGGGGACAGUAGCUCAGGACUCGCGCCAUGGAAGGAGACGUCGCAGUCGCGGUCCACACAGAGAGCUCGAAUGGUUUUGCGCAGGAAUGGAAGCAGACGGAAGAUGUGACCAGUGGACAGUCCACACACACACUGAUGUGUAACGGCAUCAAGGAGAACGGCGGCAUCAGCGGCAGCUCGUACCUCAGAUCCGUCCCGAUUUCAGUGCUGAAGCAGAAUGGCCUUCUACAGUCACUGGCCUCAGGUGGAGAGCAAACGGAAACGGAGGAGGUGGACUCGGAGCUGGAGCGUGCGCAGCAGGAAUGGGACGCCCUCGAGAGCAUCCAACCAGUUCCUGUAGAAGAUCUCGUUCCGUCAGCUCUGAUUUCUUUCAACGAGGCGCUGCAACACUUUCAGACCACAGACCUCGCCGACCUGCUGAGGAACAUACAGCCGACCGUUCGCAGGACGGGAUUGGCCGUCGUCACACACUUCCUGUUUGGGCCGCCACGCCUACACAGGGAGCUGACGGAGGAGAGAGACCUGGUGUUCGCCAUCGCGCAGUGCACUCUGGAUAACACACAGCCGGUGCACAUGCGCGUGCUGCAGACAAUCUACCGCAAACUGACGUGUACGAAAGCAGACUGCCCUCGAUACGGGCCGCACUGGGAGAACAUCGGCUUCCAGGGUACAGAUCCUGCUACAGAUCUGAGAGGAACCGGAUUUCUGGGUCUGAUGCACGCGCUUUAUCUGGUCAUGGACCCGGAGACGCUACCGCUCGCUAGAGACAUCUACAAACUCUCUCAGCAUCCAGUACAGAAUUUUCCGUUCAGCGUGAUGUCCAUCAAUCUGACCCGCAUCGUCCUGCACGCGCUCAGGGAGGAGGUUCUGACCAAGGAGUGUAACCGGCGGCAGCAGGUGGUGGGGGUGCUGAACGAGUUUUACGUGGCGACGUUUCUGCACCUGUAUGAGGUGUGGAGGAGUCAGAGGAAGACCAUCUCCGACUCGGGAUACGUCCUCAGAGAUGUGGAGCUCUACGCUAAGAAGAACCCGAAGCAGCUCCUCAAACACCUGCACUGUUACCUGCAGGAGAGACGCACCGGGAUUGGUCACCGCACGUCACCUGACCUGCUGUCACACGGCAACCGUUCCCUCGGCGACGGGGCGACGCACAGCCACGGAGGGAAGGAGGGGAAGAUGAACUUCACCGGAGUGUGUGAACUUCCACCUGAGAUGGAGGGAGAGGCCAGACUCAUCUGAGAGAGAGAGAGAGAGAGAGAGAGAGAGAAGGAGGCUAAACUGCUUCAGUAGACUCAGGAGAAAAGAAAGACAGAUAGAAUAAGAUAGAUGGAGAGAGUAAGACACAGAGAGAGAGAGAGAGAGAUAAACAGACAGAAAAAGAGAUGAAUGGAGUAAGAGAGAAACACAGACAGACCGAGUAAGAGAAAGACACAGAAAGAGAGGGAUGAAAUCAGAGAUGGUGACAGAGAGAUACAGAUGGAGAGAGACAGAGAGAGAGAAAGAAAGAGACAGAGAGUGUAAGAGAGACGAGAGAGGGAGAGGUAGAGUAACAGAGAUAGAGAGAUGAGAGACAGAGAGAGACAGAAGGACAGAUUAAGGAAGACAGAAAGAGAGAGAGACACUCUGGAAUGUAUGAUUCAUUUGAUUUGAGUUUGUAUCACUCAGUCUGUCUCUUCAUGUUAUAACAUCUCUCUUAUAAAAGAGAGAGAGAGACAGACAGAGAGAGAGAGAGACAGACAGACACAGGAGAGAGAGAGAGAGAGAGAGAGAGACAGACAGACAGACAGAGAGAUGGGCAGAGAGAGAGAGAGACAGAGAUGGACAGAAAGAGACAGCAGACAGAGAGACACUGUAUCACUCACUCUGUCUCUCUGUCUGUCAGGUUGUUAUAACAUGAAGAGAGAGAGACAGACAGGACAGAGAGAGAGGGAGAGAGAGAGACAGACAGGACAGAGAGAGAGAGAGACAGGAGGGAGGGAGAGAGAGAGAGAGAGAGAGAGAGAGAGACAGGAGGGAGGGAGGGAGAGAGAGAGAGAGAGAGAGAGAGAGAAAGUUCCUACACUUGAUCUUAUCCAAAAGCACCAUGAAAUUAAACAAAACUCAGAGACAGAAAGUGAAUGACUGAAUGACUGAAUGACUGAAGUGCUUCACCAGACUGUAGAGAAUGUACAAUUUGCACAAUCCUUAUCUUUUUCACUAAUUUUUUUCCCUCUCCCCACACACACACACACCCCCACACACACCCCCACACACACACACACACACACCCUGCUGUGGCUGUAGUGGUAUUAAAACUGUGCAGCGUGUGAUUUGAGACACAGCCCGAGCUUGUGAAUCGUCUUUUCGCUGGCUGACUGAAACAAACAACAAUUUAAUUACUGUUUUAUAUCAGGACAAGAACACGCGGCACAGGCCACGCCCACACGAGAACACGCGGCACAGGCCACGCCCACACGAGAACACGCGGCACAGGCCACGCCCACACGAGAACACACGGCACAGGUCACGCCCACACGAGAACACGUGGCACAGGCCACGCCCACACGAGAACACGCGGCACAGGCCACGCCCACAUGAGAACACGCGGCGCAGGCCACGCCCACACGAGAACACGCGGCGCAGGCCACGCCCACACGAGAACACGCGGCGCAGGCCACGCCCACACGAGAACACGCAGCGCAGGCCACGCCCACACGAGAACACGCCCGAACGCUUGUCCUAGACAUCUUACAGUUCGAGUCUCGCUGUUGACGUUUUCCGAACACUAGGGUUGCAGAAUUUCAGUAAAUUAAUUCACCGUAGCCGAAAUUUCAGGAUCGUUCCCGUAACUCCGCACUCGCGUGUUGUUAGCAUGGCAGGUAGCACUAGCGAUGUAGCAUCUGAUAUUUUAAUUUUUCUCCGUUUUCUGUUUAAACUCGGCGUUAAACAGCUUCAUCUUGGAUGUCCAUCUGUUCCAGUCUUGUUCCGAUACAUCAGUUAUUUGAUAUAUUGCGAUAUUUAACGCACACUACAUUAAUAUCGUGGACUUUUAGAGUAACCGCGUGAUGUCCGUCUCCUUUAGAACACUAUUUUGCACCUUCACUCGUGUAUUCGAUAUUAAAUCUUUAUUUUUUUUCCACUCAGGGUUUACAAUGUGAUCACGAUAUUGUUUGCUAGCGUUAAAAAAACAAACAAACAAAAAAAACACGAUGAAUAUUGCAGUGUAUCGUAUAACCGAUUAUCAGCACACUGUCUAACUAAUGCACAUUAUAGCAUGAAGAUGGUGUGUGUGUGUGUGUGUGUGUGUGUGUGUGUGUGUGUUUUAUAAGAGAGAGAUUAUUUCUGUUGUGUUGUAAAUGUAAAUGAUUGACAGCUGAGUUUAUUGUAUAUUAUGAUGUAACACUUUAUUUGACGCCGGGCUUCAUUAGGACUUCAUAACGCGUUCGUAAGCAGUGAAUAACGUUUAAAUACACUGCGUAAGCCGUUCUGAGCGAAAAUACUGUGUUAAUUAAUAAGCACUAUGAUGAAAAAAAAUCUAAUUUUAGUUAAAAGAUGUUCAAUUCUUAAGCUUUACUGUUUAUUUAAAAUUAAAAUAAAAACAAAAACAAGAGACACGACGCCAAAUGAUCAGAAACUGGAUCUUUUUUUUUUUCUGUGCUGUUGAUGUACCAUAAACACAGCUAAUGUCUUUAUUUUUUUCUUCUUCCAUUUUUCUUGUUUUUGCUUUUUUUCUUUUUCUUUUAUUUUUGUUUUCUUUAUUUAUUUUUGUUUUCUUUUUUUCUGUGCUGUUGUUGUACCAUAAACACAGCUAGUGUCUUUUUUUUGUUGUGGUUGUUGUUUUUCUUUUUCUUUUUCUUGUUUUUUCUUUUUUUUUUUUUUUUUUUUUGGAUAAAUUGUAAGAUUUUCUCUCAUUCAAACCAAAAAUUCUCAGAGUGCCAUCACAUUUCAUUAUAUAACGAAUAUAUUUUUUUAAUGAUAAACACAGCACUAAGAAACAAAAGCAUAUUUAGUUUUUUUCUUUUUUCUUUCUUCCUUUAUAAAGAAGCUGCACGUUCCACAUGCGUUCUUGUGGUAAAAGCCAAGUUCCCAAACGCUGCAUAAAAUCUUUAAAAACAGAAGGACGACAUGUUUGGUGUUUUAUGUUAAUGUUAUUACAUUUCUUUACACUUUAAUGUCAUUAAUUUUAUGAACUAAAACUCAUCUUUCGUUUCAAAUUCGUAGUAAAACAGGCCACACUUAAAAUUAUUAAAUUAUUCAAAUCAAAAUACUUAAAGUAUGACUACAUCAGGAAAAAUUUAAAACAGCUCUGUUCUGAUGGAAGACGGGAGUAGACAUAGAGGCUACAUAACGCGCUCAUAAGCACUGCAUAACACUUAAACCGCACUAUAUACACAUCUGUGAACAGGAUGCUAUGAGAUCCUGUUCUGUGCGCUUGGACUUUUAUUCUGUAAAUGUUAUUCAGCGCUAAUGCUCGUGUUAUGAAGUCGUAAUGUAGCUUCAUGCAGCUCGGUGUGUGCUCAUGAUUUAGUUUAUAAGCGUUAUUCAGUGCUUAUGGAUGCGUUAUGAAGUCGUUAUGUAGCUACGCUGUGAAUAAAGUGUUACUGUAUGAUCUGUUGUGCUGGAUGCGAACGCUGUAGCUUCUGAUAUGAAUAUUUUUUAAAAUGUAAAGCAAAACAUUUAAUGUUUAAGACACAGUGAAAGAAUUCAGUCAGCAUUUCAUCACCUUUUACGAAGUUUAUUUUAAAAACACGACAUUCCUCUCCACUCUGUCCACUCUGUUUGUGUUUAUUUGUUUUGUUUUUUCGCAAUUUCAGUUGGUGGAUUUUGUUUAUUGUCCUUCAAACUGGUCCAAAAUCAGGACAUCUGCUUCUCUUCAGCUUUUUAUUUUCUCUCUAAAACGCUGUACUGAGAGGAUUGUGAAUAUCGUGACGUAUCAUAUCACUGAUAAUCAACACGAGUCCAGGAUUGUAAUUCUAAAACAUUCCUCUUUUUAUUUCUGCUUUUAAUUCACUCACACACUCUCACUCACACACACACACACACACACACACACACACACACACACACACACGUGUUGUAAAUCCACCAGUCGGAAUCUUUUGCACUUCAUUUGAAAGACGGUUUAUUUUAACGUGUGUGAUUGUAGAAGCUCUAUUUUAUAAAGAGAGUCUGUUUCAGAUUAUAUGCGAUUGUACAGUGACGUGUAAUAAAUGAGUAAUAAAUACACGCAAAAUGGA